GCUGUCGGUGUUUUCUUUCAUGACUACUUCUGGGCUGUGAUUCUGAAAAUUCCGAGGAAUAACGUCGUCAAGAAUGUAAGACAAGGUGUGAGCAACUUUUUUGACAGAAUAUUGUGGCAAUAUAAAUCGCAUAUAUAGCACGCCAUAUAGCAAGGCGUGGAAUAUACAUACACCUAAAUAUAUACGGGAAUUUUUGCUCACGGGGACACCGACACCGGGCUUCCUGAGACACGGGGCCCUUAACGCUGUCGCGUUAAGAGAAGUGUGGGGUUUUAUGUGCCAAAACCACUAUCAGAUUAUGAGGCGUGGCGUAGUGGACGAAUCCAGAUUAAUUUUGAACAUCCGGUCUUUCUUUCCUUUUUUUUUUUUUACCUUGCACCCAACGAACAGUAGACAAGCGUUCUUGCCUUCCGCCCCCAACGGAAAGCAGCCGCCGCCUCCGGGAUAAAAUCCGCGACCGCAAGCGCAACUGAGAUACCGCUGCGGGUGGAGUGUAUUACGCGCUCAAAAAAAAAAAAAAAAAAAAAAUAGCGUGAACAAUCUCGUCGUGUCCUUGGCCCUGCGUGUCAGAGACUCUGCGACAAUGCCUUAUCAGUCUUGUCCGCUUGCCACUGUGCGCCUAGGCGUCAGCUGUUUCACACACACCAUACCACCUUUGCUUCAGCCAGAACAGUGGAACAGAACUCAAGCGACGACAGGUCAAAAUGUCGGGGCUUUCGGAAGACAAGCGGCAGUCCGCGGAGAUGAUGUUCGGCGCCGAGGAAGUGCCAGCCUGCUACGACUCUGUCAUGCACCACAACCGCGAGGCCAUGAAGGUGUUUCUGGAGAGAUACAAGGAUUCUUUCUUUGCGGUCGAGAACGGUGCCCAGUGUGCGGAUUGCCAGUGGUUGGACGUCGGCUGUGGUCCAGGAAAGUUCACUAAGAACUAUUUGCUCCCGCACGCACCUUCGUCCUUGCGAAGACUGGUGGCGGCCGAUUUCUCACAGGCCAUGCUGGAUCACGCCGCAAGAAACCAUGCACAUCCGAAGAUAGCGUACCGCCUUCUCGACAUCGCAAACGACAAAGCCGUGUCGGCGUUUGCCGCGCGCGAAGGUCUCUUCGAGCGCGUAUGCUGCUUCCUGACGCUGCAUUGGAUCCGCGACAAGGCGGCCGCCCUCCGAAACCUGGAGCAUCUCACGGCCCCCGGGGGAGAGUGCUUGGUGGUGUUCAACCCGCGCGUGUCAGUGCAGCAGGUGUUACGUGCCAUGAUUGCGUCCGGCAAGUGGAAAAGACACGAACACGUUCUCAAAUCUGGUCUCCCGGAGUCCUGGGAGCUUUACGACGUUGACACCAUGGUAUCAAAGCUCGAAGGACUAGUCGCAUCAACAAGCCUGGUGGCCCUGUCGUGUGAAGUUGUGCCUCUGCAGGUCGGGAGUCCCGAAAUUGACGUAGAAGUGUUCUGUGUGCCCAUAUACCGAUAUAUCGGCACAUGAAAAAGGAAGACCAGGCUGAAGUGGAAGAGUUUGUCAGAAACUUGGCUCUCCAAAACGGCUGCGUGAACUUCUCGACUACGGGCAUAACGCACCAACUUAGAUGCGUCGUUCAUGCCCGCAAACCAGUGUUGUCAAGUUAAAACAACCAGUUAGACCUGCCAGAAGCCUUCUGUUCGGCGUCCGAAACCUCCACCGCUGCUAACAAGACCGACAGUUCAAAUUAACUUCACAAGUUUAGAAGCUCAGGCCAGUUGGUGUAGCGAUAUUAUUUUUUAUACCACUCCAAUCGAAGACGGUUACUGGGAAUAUUGGAGGUGGCCACAAAGUUGCUACAUGCAGGUGUAUAAAUGCACAUUCCGAAGUAUUGGCGGAAAAAUAAAUAGUUUGCCUGGGGAA